CCGCGACGGGACACAAACAUCUCCAGCAUAUGCUUCGACAAUAAUUAAAUAUCUCAACUUCUCGCUUUGCUGAUUCUCAGAAGCUUGUUUCUCCAAGAAAUGGAAUUGUUCUAUGCUUUUGCACAGAUCGCUUCCACUGGGUGUGUUUGGCCAUCUUAUAUAUAGUCCGAAUACCUGGCCAGUUCUUUCAAACCCGUCCUUUUUCUACCACAUAGCAAUCCUUCACUGACUACCAGCUCUAUCUGCUAUCACCAUCUCUCUUUAUCGAUCAUGGAACCCAACAACUCAGCUGUCACCAUUGUCAAUGGCUACAAAAUCCCAAACGAUAAUCUUUUGCCAAUGGUCUCCCCUGUGAAAGUGCUGAUUCCUUCCUCUUCUUCAUGCUCUUUAGCGCUUCCUCCUCUCAAGUCUCUUAUAAGGAUCUCAAAUUCUUAUUUCAAUGAAGCUGAUUACUACUUGAAUUCUAAAAACCAUCAAAAUCAAAACCAAAAAAUCAUUUUGCCACCUUUGAAUAUCAAACCUGCUAUUGGUAAUAAUAACACAAACAAAUUCAAUCCCGUAUUCAACUUGGAUUUCCAGCAGCGCAGUCUUGAUUAUACCUCAGGUAUUCCCCCACUUCUAUCUUCAUCUCCAGUUUCAGCCUCUUCUCCUUUGUAUUUUUCCUCCCCUUCAAAUUCCCCUUUCAAUUCCCCUUCCAAUUCUCCUCCUUAUUCUGCUUCUUACUCCUCCUCACAAGAUUCGGAGACAAAAAAGGCAAAAAAAUCCUCAAGAAAGAGAAAACAAUGCCCGAUUUGUAACAAAUUCUUUUUAAAUUUAACCACUCAUAAAUCUAGGCAUUUGGCUGAAGAAUUGAGACCUUACAUAUGUGAAAACUGCCACAGAGGGUUUUCAAGACAGAAUGAUUUAUUAAGACAUUCGAAAAAACAUUUGAAGGAUAAUAUUGAUAUAAAUAAUUUAAUUAAUUCUCCCAACAACAGUAACAACAUUCUUCUUAAUAACAAUAUUAUCACUGACAAAAAUUGUCUAAAUAAUGGAAUCUUUAUCUGUCCUUUUGCAGAUUUGAAUAACAUUAAUCAUAAUAACUCUCAUGCCCAUUCCCAUUCUCAUGAUCAUGAUCAUGAUAUUUCUUCUUCCGAUGAAGAAAACGUUUUUAAAAUUCACAACGAACAAGUAUGCCAUCCAACAGGUAUCUUUUCCAGAUGUGACACUUUUAAAAACCAUUUAAAAGCCUUGCAUUUUCAAUAUCCAAUUGGCACCAAAAAGAAAGACAGAAAAUUUGUAUCUGGUUAUUGUAAAAAUUGCGGUUUAAGUGUUUUAAAUGUUGAUUUAUGGUUAAAUCAACACAUUAUGAAUAACAAAUGUCCUGGUAUUAUAAACAAGCUAUAAUUUUAUUUUUUUUUUUUUUAUUAUUUCUUCCUAAUUUGAUUUUCUUGUAUUCUUUUUCUUGUAUUCUUUUUCUUGUAUUCUUUUUCUUGCGUUUUGUUUUUUUUUCUCUAUAAUUAACUAAUAUUCUGCUCUCUUAAUGUUUUUUAUACUUCUAACUUCUAAUG